AUGGGUGAGUACGCAGGUGUUAACGAACUUCAUGCAUGGAGGGAUGAUUGGAUCAUUAAGGUCAAGGUUUACAAGUGCUGGUCAGUUAAAGACGACGCAGGCUUACCGGCAAUGAACUUCAUAUUUGUUGACGAGAAUGGUAACAGGAUCAAUGGAUUUGCUACAAACAGAGCAUUAUCCUAUUUUGAAUAUGUCUGUACUGAAGGAAGAUGGGUGAGGCUAACUAAUUUUCGGAUAGCCAAUUCUGAAUGGGAAAUGAAGGGAAGGACUACAAACCACAGUCACCAAAUUAUCCUGACACACGAGGCAAAGGCUGGAACUCUCAGGCCACAGACAGAAGAUCCAUUCAUCAACUUGGUUGAAUUCAGUGCUAUCUACCGAAAACCAUUUGCGCAGUACUAUCCAGUUGAUUUGAUGGGAAGUCUUGAAAAUAUUGGCGAGGUCUACACCCAGUGUUUUCCAGAUGGAGAAACAAAGCGAGUUCUAGAGUUCACACUUAAGGAUGCAGAGGAUUAUUCCUUCCAAUGCUUUGCAUAUGGUGACUUUGCUGUGGACAUCAAAGAACGAUGUAAAGGAUUCACAGGUCCCUUGGCUAUUUGUGUUUUAACUGACUGGACAGUUAAGAAGAAUAUCGAUGAACUGACUAUCCAUGAACAUGAAAACACUGGCUUCUCUCGCUUCUUACUUGCUCCACCCAUCGAUCAAGUUUAUAAGUUCAAGAAUAAGAUUACCAAAAAAAUGAUGGCUGCGUCUUCAACUCAAGGAACUUGCGCAACUAAAGUCGACUAG